AUGGGCAGCAAAAGAAAUAUUUCUGCUCGACAAACCGAUGUAAAAUCUAGCAAGCAAUCUAAGAAUAGUCAGAAAUUGGAGUCAAGAAAAUUCUCAGAUAUUGGCAAUAAAAAUAAGGCUUUAAAAUCUGUAUAUACUUCCGCACUAAAUAGUGAUUCAUCAGAAAUUGGUGAUAAGAAAAAGAAUAGAUUAGGGCAACGUCAAAGACAACAACUGUGGAUUGAAAAGUAUGGAAAGGAAGCGAAAUGUUUGAAAAAGCAAAAUAAGUCGAAUAAAAUAAAAAACGUUCCUCGUGAGGAUAAGAAAAGAAUCAAAAAAGUAGAAACUGCUAGCAACCAAGGUACUGCAUGCUUAUCAACAUGUUGCUUUCCAUUGCAAGAAGUUGGUAGAUACUAUUUUUUAUGCUUUUUCUCAGAAUCUUCUAAUUUGCAUCCGUCUUGGGCUGCAAGUAAGUUAAAAAAGCAGCAAACAGCAGCUAUUAGCGCUUUUCAAGGAAAGAGAACGUUGUUCAAUGACGAUGAUGACGAAAACUGA